GCUCCCCAUAACGCAGGGGAGACUGCACGAGCAUUCACUCGACGCGCUUUCACUCGACGCACCUUCACUCGACGGAACAUCGAGAGCUGGGUGAAUAGAGACGGUAAGUGAAGCCUUUCAUAGAGUAAUAGAGAAGCAUAUUUAAUAGAGAGAAAUAACGUUACACAUAUACCACAGCGUGUGCCUGACUUAGCUAACACAAAGACAACUAACGCUAGCUAACCUAGCUGGGUAGUUUAGCUUGUGUAAUCUAGCUAGUUAAGUAGCGUUAGCAAACCUAGCUAGUUAACUAGCGUUAGCUAACCUAGCUGGCUGAAUAAUUUAGCGUGUUAUCUAACUUAGAUCGGUUAACUAGCUAGUAAAUUAGCUAACCUAGUUGGCUGUAUAGCUUAGCUAGUGAUAGCUAACUUAGCUAGUUAAUUAGCUAACCUUUAUUUCACUCUGGGAGCGUAGCUAGGUUAGGUAACUAGCUAAACGAACAGGGGCAAGCUAACUGGCUAAGGCGGGAAAUGGCCGGGCGGGAAAUGGCCGUGAGGGACUGGGCGGACAUUUUACACAGGAGGCUGUAGUGAUUAGGAGUGUUUUGGGGGCUGCUCUUGUGUUAGACUAGGUGGGUUAUCUUUAUCUUUAUGUUGGUCAGUCUAAGAACUUUAAGAGUAACUUAGGUUGCUCAUUAUUGCUAAAAUGCAAAAAAGCGUAACUAGCAGCAGUAUAACGUUAACGUUACUGUGAAAAUGUGGUUUUCUAAUGUUUAAAUUGUGAUUUUAAAGUUGAAGAAAUACAGUGCUUAGUUAUUUGGUUGAAUAAAAAAUGUUCUGUACUUUAAUUCUAGAUUUGACUCAAUGGCCACAACAAAACGAGGGAAACCCCCUCUAAGAGACGCAAGGGAGCAUGCUGCCAAGGCUGUCGACAAGACAGCAAAAUUGGAAGUGAAAUUUAUCAGUUCUAUUAAAGGUCGAGGUGUGUUUGCCACGGAUCAUUUCCAAAAAGGAGAUUUUGUUGUGGAGUACAGGGGAGAAUUGAUAAGUUUCAGUGAAGCAGAAAAGAGGAGGACAACGUACGAUGACAGAUGUGCUGUCUUCUUAUUUGAUUUCUAUUGGCAAGAAAAAUGGUGGUGUAUUGAUGCAGCUAUAGAAGACGGAAGUCUUGGAAGGCUUGUGAAUGAUGAUGACAAGAACCCAAACUGCAAAAUGAAGAUCAUUGUGGAUGGUGAGCCACACCUCUGUCUCUUUGCUGUAAGGGAUAUUAGUCCUGGAGAAGAAGUAACUUAUGACUACGGUGGAACUGAUUGGCCAUGGAGGACAAAGGGAGAGCAGUCAGCUGCGAUUAGUUGUGUAGAAACUCAAGACUGUGGAACAUCUGAACAUCAGGUUCCUCCGAGAUCAUCUCUGUCCAAGAAAAAGGUAAUACGAUUUGCAUAUAAUGAACUUGUUUUAGUAUUGCAUUUCCACCUGGAAUUAAAUUCAGAUCUAGUUUAGAGCAGUGGUUCCCAGCCCUGUUCCUGGAGGUCCCUCUACUCUGCACAUUUUGGUAUUUAAUCUGAUCCAAGCAUAACUGAACCACCAAAUCAGCUAAUUAACAAGCCCUCCCUUAGUUGUAGGUGGUGGGAUGAAGCAGUAAACCACUAAAAUAUGCAGUGCAGCGAUCCUGUAGGUCCAUGCAUGGAAUCCACUGGUUUUCUUCCAUUGUAAUACAAGUCUCAGUUAUUCUACACAGCACUGUCUGGUGUUUAUGACGUCAUGGGGUCCAGAAGAGUUGCUGUUAGAAUACGAUUAUUAGGUGCAACCUUCCACACACACUCACACUUUUCAGGUCUGGUGUAGUUGUGGGGUUCAUUAUAGCUUAUUAAUAUUGUACACACACACUUGUUAGGUCUGGUGUAGUUGUGGGGUUCAUUAUAUCUUAUUAAUAUUGUACACACACACUUGUUAGGUCUGGUGUAGUUGUGGGGUUCAUUAUUGCUUAUUAAUAUUGUACACACACACUUGUUAGGUCUGGUGUAGUUGUGGGGUUCAUUAUUGCUUAUUAAUAUUGUACACACACACUUGUUAGGUCUGGUGUAGUUGUGGGGUUCGUUAUAGCUUAUUAAUAUUGUACACACACUUGUUAGGUGUGUUGUAGUUUUGGGGUUCGUUAUAGCUUAUUAAUAUUGUAUGCAGAAUUACAUAUUGCAGACCAGCUACAUAAUUUUUACUUAUUACUUAAUUAUUAUUGAUUGAUUGUUUUUCAGGGAGAGCAGCCAGCUGCGAUUAGUUGUGUAGAAACUCAAGACUGUGGAACAUCUGAACAUCAGGUUCCUCCGAGAUCAUCUCUGUCCAAGAAAAAGGUAAUACGAUUUGCAUAUAAUGAACUUGUUUUAGUAUUGCAUUUCCACCUGGAUUUAAAUUCAGAUCUAGUUUAGAGCAGUGGUUCCCAGCCCUGUUCCUGGAGGUCCCUCUACUCUGCACAUUUUGGUAUUUAAUCUGAUCCAAGCAUAACUGAACCACCAAAUCAGCUAAUUAACAAGCCCUCCCUUAGUUGUAGGUGGUGGGAUGAAGCAGUAAACCACUAAAAUAUGCAGUGCAGCGAUCCUGUAGGUCCAUGCAUGGAAUCCACUGGUUUUCUUCCAUUGUAAUACAAGUCUCAGUUAUUCUACACAGCACUGUCUGGUGUUUAUGACGUCAUGGGGUCCAGAAGAGUUGCUGUUAGAAUACGAUUAUUAGGUGCAACCUUCCACACACACUCACACGUUUCAGGUCUGGUGUAGUUGUGGGGUUCAUUAUAGCUUAUUAAUAUUGUACACACACACUUGUUAGGUCUGGUGUAG